UAUAAUUAAACUAUAAGGAUCAUGCAGCUAUUCAAAAAUUAUAUCUGCUGUUUAGCUUUCAUAUUCAUAAAUGUGUGUAUGGUUCUUCCUCAUAAUAGUAGAAUCAUUGGUGGAAAAACAGCAAAACCUGGUCAGUUCCCCUAUCUAGUUUCCUUUCAAGUGCAUUCGACUGGUUUUGAUAGUCAUUUUUGUGAUGCCUCCAUUUUGAACGAACACUGGGUUUUAACUGCAGCUCACUGUCUGCUAAAUUUGGAACCGGAACAAGCUUACAUCAUAGCAGGUACUAACCAAUUGGAGGCCAGUGGUUCUAGAUACAACAUUUCCAAGCUAAUUCAACAUCCACUUUUCAACAUUAGUAGUACUGCAGUUUGGCAUGACAUUGGUUUAGUAAAAUUAGACAGUGAAUUUGAAUUUACCGAUACGCUACAGUCCAUACAAAUAGGUGAAGUUUUGACAAAUGGGUCUUGCGUUAUUUCGGGUUGGACAGUCACUCAAGAUGGAAGCCCCUUUCCUCUGGAAUACAUUGAAGUAACAGCGUUGUCUUCUGAAGAUUGCUCGGCGUUAGGAGAAGGCUCGGAAAUAAAUGAUGAAGUGCCGCGUGGACCUGGACAAGUUUGUGCUUUUUCUCCUACUGGGGGAAUAGGAGCUUGUUUUAGUGGUGCUGGUGUUCCUUUAGUGUUUAACAACACUCUUGUGGGCUUAGGAACUUACUCUCUUGACGAUUCCUGUUCGCAUAAGUAUCCGGAUGUAUUCAUUCGGGUUUCUUAUUAUGCUGAUUGGAUACAAGAGAUAAUGGACAGCAAUUAGCAACUAAGUCACGUGUGUUUAAGAUAAAAAUAAUGCGUUUUUUCCGUAACACAACAUACGAGUAUAUCAGUUACUGCUCCAUUAAGCUGCAUACCUUUCCUUCGAAGUACUUAGAUAACGGUGAACAUUUUUUACUAAAUGCUAAAUAAAAGGUAGUUUUCUCGAAAACAUAUUUAAAAGUAAAGACUAAUGGAGUUAUAUGUACUAAAAUGUACUGACACUGCUGCACACCAGAAGAAGAAAACUGAUUUCUCCAUUUUUAACCCUACUGUGUUUUUUACUUUUAUAUAAGUAUAUUCUCUUAUUACUGGAUGGAUUACUAUUAAAGUGGUCACUUCUUCGAGUUUCGUAAGCUCUAGUCAGUAUCUAUGCGUUGCUUUAAAUAUAACUUAAUUUUCAUUAAUAAAAAUUUCCAUUUGUCAAAUGUAAGAUUUUGUUUUUUUUUCUUUCGAAAGUGUAACAAUCAUCAACAAGUUCCUAAAAUAUUUAUAAAAUUUGUGAACAGUCUGUGAGACUCGGACAUUAUCUGUUUAAAAAAUAUCGACGCAGACGACAGACAGGCAGAGAGACGAAAACGGAACACCUAUUUUUUCAUAUGCUAGGGCCCAUGAAAUAUCGAGAAAACAUGAAAGUAACUAUUCUCCACCUUCCAGUAUUUCCUUAAUUUUUCGAUAAAACCUCAAUUUUAAUACACAUAACGUAUACAUCUUUGUUUCUCGGAUUAGAAUACCGCAAUGGUAACAUUCGAGCAUGUAUUGUUUGUUUUAUUUACACUUACACUCAAGUUUUACACUUAAAACAGAUCUUAUCUUCCAUCUGUGACAGUAAAAUACCUAUGUGGCCCGAUAACACAAAAAUAACAUCUGAAAAAUGUUUUUAACAGCUAUAUAUUUAAGUAGAAUGUAACAAAGGGUUAAGUUCUAUUUGUUAUUUUGUAUUAUCUAUCAUAUAUCGUUAUCUCUUUAAAUCUGAUUCGCGCACUUAUUAAAUUCUACAUAAAAAUCAAAAUAAAACGACUUGCUUUUGCUUCAACUAUAAACAUGUA